UUUAAUUUAUAUCUGAAACUAUUAUUUUUGUAUUUUAAUUAUCUCCUUUCAAAAAUUAUAAUUCCUAGCUCUUAGAAUUAAUUUGUGACACUCUGUAUGAUUAUAAUAAAAUAAAUAGUUCACAAACAAUAUACAACUGAAAGUCGUGUGCUAUUCAUGUCAAAUGUGUGUCGAUUACGUUAGUAAAUAAAUGAUUAGCAUUAUAUUAUCAUUUAACUACAAAAUCGUAAAAUAUGAACAAUUUUGAAGGCGCGACAAAACCAUUAUUAACUAUUCCGCCGGAUUUUAUACCUUAUAUAGAAAAACACAGAUUAUAUGAAUUUUUUUAUGAAUUAGUGACACAAUUAUUAAUCCAGCAGCCAGAAGAUCCAAUAGUAUUUAUAAAACAAUGCAUUCAGCACAUCGUACGAAAGCGAGAUAUUCCCAGAGUUAUCCUUAUUGCUCCUCCAAGCUUUGAUAAAAUGACUCUCGCAAAAAUUCUUCAUGAGGAAACUGGUAUUCGUCCUGUCACUUUAGAAGAUCUUUAUGAUUCAUCAUUGACUGAAAAUAUGUGCCGUUGCUAUGAUGCUAAUGAGAUCGCAGAGAGAAUGAAAAGAAUAUUAAUGUCGGGAGUACUUCAUGAAUCUGGAUGGAUAUUAGUUGAUAUACCCAGGAAUAAAAAGGAAGCAUGCGCAAUGCAACGGGUCGGUGUGAUACCAACACAUGUGAUACAGAUUAUAUCGAAUACAAAAGACGAGAAUCAAGAAAAAAAAGAUACAAGACAAUGCAAUUAUAUCAAAACUCUUCGAGGUCUACGUGAAGCUUACGCUAAUUUUCUAAUUGAAGUUGAAGUUGAUACUAAAACAAUUCGGGAGCUGGGUAAAGAUUGCGUUACAUUGAUGAAAAUUAGGAAACAUUGUGGAACUCCAUCGCUCUUUCGCAUUGCGUUCAUAGGUCCUCGAGGAUCAAGUUGUAAUAAUUUGGCAAAAUAUAUAUCUGAGAGAUUUAAUCUCGUUCAAGUUAACUUUAAUGGUAUUUUGGAAGAAGCGUGUUUACGAGAGAUGGCUUUAGGUGAAAUGCUGCAGUUAUGCAAGCAUAAAUGCAAACAGAAGACAAAGUCAGAAACGCGAAUACAAAUUAUCGAGCGAUACGUACUUGGAUCUGACUGUCUUAAGAGAGGAUGGAUUUUGACGGGUUAUCCUAAAACCGUGGAGGAGUUCAAGCUCCUAGAUAUGAUAUCUACGCCACCCAACAGAGUAAUUGUUCUCAAAGUAGACGUACAAACAUGCAGAGAGAAACUUUUAAAUCUUCGAUGCAACAGUAUUGUAAGAAGCGAACAUGAUCUUGCAUCGUGCGAUUUUUCUACGACGGAUCCAGAUUGUAAAUUAGAUGUUUAUUCCAAUGAUUACAAAAACACCAUCGAACGAGAUCUUCGGGAAUACGAAGAGAAUAUAGAUGCCAUAAUGCAAUACGCGGGGGAAACUGCGUGCAUAAUAGAUGCGGCGGAUGAAGAAAAGUAUGUGAGAGAAAGACUAGAGGCCUAUUUGAUGCGACCAGCACCAUGUGCGAAACCUAGAGUUCCCCAGCCACCUUCUACGAUUAAUCCAAUGGAUAUAGAAUUUGAUCCCGACGAUGAACCCGACCCGAGCAUUUUUGAUAAUAUACGUGCGCCGGAGCUUAAAUAUUCUUUCAUUUAAAAAUCUUCACAUAUCAUUAUAGCAUGGAGAAAAUAAAUAACGAAUAAAAUU